AUGUCUCUUGGCCAACUUCCCUCUGAGCCACAAGUCCUCUCUAUUAAAGCUGGCCAGGUGCCAAAGUAUGCCUUCCUCGCUCACCCCCCACCACCCAAAAAGCGACCCGCACAGCCGCUUCCUUCCCCACCUUCACAACAUAAGUAUCAGGCCGCCGCAGCUCCCCCUGUCUCCGGUUUCCGACGCCCCUCGAGUACAUUCGCCGCCAUUACUGCGUGGGCUACUCACGUGCAACCUGGAUCUCCGGCGUCCCUCUCUCCCCGUUCCCCCCGCUCUCCCCGCCGUCGGUCAUCACUCGGACGCGGUCGCCGCCCUUCUAUAACCUCUGUCCGUGUUACCUCCGGUUCCUUCCUGAACAUCGCUCCAACUCCCACUACCACUUACGGCACAACACCCUCCAUUGCAGAUUUCAAACCAGAUUUAACCGCAGUCGGCUAUACGUCCGUCUUUCUGCAGCUCCCCAAUACCCCCCUCUCUGCUGCCCCUCGUGGUUUGACCCGCUUCCGUUCUCUCUCCGUGCUCAGGCCACGUACGAGGUCCAAAUCUGCUGCCCCUUCGUCCCCAACGAAGAUGAAAGCGAAAGUUGCAGCUACCUCCGCCGCCAUUAUGAAGCGUAAGAAAGCCAAGUACGCUGCUAUGCGGCCUCCUCCACUUGCCAACGAACUUGCCCUCAUGCAGUUUGCCGACGGCGGAAGCACGAACGAUAAUGUGAGGCGACUCAUGGAAGCUCAAGCCAAGGCCGCUGGGGGUAUUGGUGUCAGUGACGUUUACCGCGAUGGUGAAGGAGGUAUCUGGUGGGACCGUGAAGAGGAGUGGGAGUACGCCCACCUUCUUGCAGGUGGUUCGGAGAUGGGCGCGCACGGUACUGGCGAGCUGCAGUGGGUUACAUUCGGUGGAGAGAGCUCACCCUCUGCACUUGGCAUCGACGGUGAAGAACGUCGUGGGAGCGUAUCGACGCAGGACUCGGAUCUCGACCCCCACUACAUCGUCCAACCGACCGACCAUCUCGACGUGGAUGAUCUUGCUACGUUCGGCAGUGCAAUGCCCCCGCUGGACUUGCGUAAGCCGGCCAUGUCCGUUCUCGCGCUUCCCUCACGGCCCCGUCGGACUGCCAAGCAUCUUCGCAAACCAGACUACCUUGUUGACGUCGCGUUCUCUCGCGUCUCGCUGUCCCCUCGCAGCCCCAAGUUCGGGUCUUCGGCGUUCACUGGGAAGAUUAAGUCUGAUAGGAAAGCUCGCAAACGUCCUGCUCCCCUUAAACUGAUGCCAUCCAGCCCGCCUCUCAAGAAGCCGUCCAACUCGCCAGGCGAAUUAGAUAGGGGACGCAGGGAAUUCUUAUCCUCGUCCUUCGAACCUCCUAUCCCUGCUACGCCAGUCACUGCGGCAAACGUCGCUGAUGCACAAGCACGAGGGAUCCGUGGCAAGUUGACGACACGCGUACUAAACAUCCCCCAUGCGUCACAGAGCAUGUUGAGCCUGCCGCUGAACAAGGUGGUAGGAAAGAAGCCAUCGAUGCUGGCGAUGAUGGGCUUCUUCAAGCCCUCCAGGAAGGAGGACGCACAGUGUCUUAUGCACUGA